AAAAGAGAAAGUGAACAGAAAGAUAGAAAGAUAAAAGGAAAGGGAGAAGUGUGGUGUGUAGAUAAGAGGGAGGAGGGCUUGGAAAGGAGUGUGGAUGAGACCGUCAUGCCCGCUGAGAUCGACACGGGCGGGCCAACGGUGCUGCACUGUGAUUACCGUGCCGUCUGCCCGAUACCGAUCCUAACCUCAGCAACCACCGAGUCUUCUUCCUUGUACCGCGAAAAUAGAGUUGUUCGAACGAGUAUCGUACGACGAUUUCCGCGGACGAAUCGCGACGAGAAGGACGAAUCGUUGGAUGACACUGGUGUGAAGUCUCGUUGUUGGUCCGGUUUCUCCUUUCGCCGGACUGGAGCCGCGUCCGCGCGUUCCGUAUUAAGAGGACUCCGUCGAAACAAGCCACACAUCUCGUUUAACGUUCCUACAGAGGCUAUCGAUGUGUCCUCACGGACGGCUGAUGAUCGGCAGGAUUGCCAGCACGAGGAUACUUGUGGUCCGGAACAACCGGAAUCGCGACUUCGCGACACCAUCGACCAGUUCGACGAAAACGGGACGAUAAGGCAGACGCGAUCGAGACGAGAGGGGUGUUCGCUCGAGCAUGAGAGGACGAUCAGCCGUAGAUUUCAAGCAAGGAUUCAGCUCGCUUCGAAGACAGGCCACGAAAAGGAGAAAACAAGCCAUGAUUGCCACGGAGUACAAGGAUGGUGCUCUAAACGCGACUUGUCGGCAACUGGAAACUGGACGGAGUUUCGAGUUGCAAACCAAACAGGAAUAGGGAAAGCACGGUUCUCUAGUCAGUCGAACGACCCUUCGAGAUCGGAUCGGACGUAUGAGAAGGUGGUAACCACCAACGCGACAAGUACGCUUCCGUCCUUGACCGAUGAAACGUGGAAGGAAGUGGACGCGACAAAUUCCUGGCGAUGCGAGUCGCGCGCCACCAAGGUCGAGUUGACGGUCGAUCGGCAGACCGACUUUCCUUCCCUCGACCACGAGUCCUCUUCGAGGAGUGGCCAUACUAGAACAAGAAAGAAGAGGCGCGAGUGUCGUAACAACCGUUUCACGUACUUUCAGUUAGCCUUACUCUUCUUCCUGCUCGCGUUCGGACAGUGCGGACUCCGUAAAUCGAGUGUGUUCAACUGCAGUGCGAAAUCAAGUGCCACCGGUUUGAGUGUGUUGGCGAUUGGCACAGUUAUCAGUGCAGUGAGUGCCGCACCGGUUGAUUUAAUGGCUGAUGCUGGGGUAAGGGCAGAACGAUCGGCCAAUUUGUCCCACAUCACUGGCGCUUCCAGGAAGAUCCAGAUGUACAUCAAAAAUCGGCAUUUGCAAAUCCUGCCGGAUGGCACGGUGAACGGCUCUAACGACGACACAUCGGAUUACACAAUAUUUCAACGAAUGUCUGUGUCUAGAGGUCAACUGAGGAUUCAAGGGGUUGCGACCUGCCUGUACCUGUGCAUGGAUUCCUGUGGUCUUCUAUACGGCUCGCAACAGGCCUAAUCGAUAUACGUGAAAUACCUGAGGAGGAUACUAAUUUUCAUCGAUCUAUCUACUGAACGAGAGAAAACUGUCGGGUAGAAGAAGGAUCGAAGAAAAUGCCGAUGAUAAAAGCAAAGCAGUUAAGAGAAGCACGUCCCGUUCGUGUUACUGCUACCGUGUUAUGGCUGCAUAAAUAUUAAUUUGUACCUUAAUUUAUAGCCGCUAAAUACAGUACUAGCCGAUAGCUGUACCGCCAGGUUACAUUAUAUCUACAGUGUGUUGGUUAAUGAUACAUCGAAGCAUAUUUCUGCAGGAAACGUGUGGCUAACUCUAUUUGCUUUUUUCAACUUUGCUCAGUUGUUGAGUAAAUUAAGUCAAGGAUUGCCGAUUCAAUAUCCCGAAGUUCCGAUUCCAAUGUUUAUAUUUUAUGGACUUUGCAACCAAGAUAACAUCAAAUAGUGGGCU